AACUUAAAUGUCAAAAAGUUUCGUAAGUUUGUUUCUGUGAGUGUACCAUACCUACUAAGAUUUCUACUUUUUUUACUGAAUAUUUGUAUAAAUGUGUGUUAAACUCAUGGUGUCGCGAUAUCCUCCAAUAAUUUGCCAGUAUUAAAUACUGUCAUCAUUCAUUAACAGUUGUAUAUUAACAGUGUUCAAGGUGCGUGACGUGCGCCGGCGACGAUGCCGCGGAAGCUGCUCAAGUUCCUCAUAGUGUUUGACAACACCUCGCUGUUGUAUUUCCCGGGACAGUUCCUGUCUGGGAAGGUGCUCAUGGAACUCCAGGAUGACACUCCUGUCUUAGGUCUACAUUUCCAUGUAGUAGGUGAAGGAGUGGUGAGGGUGGGCUCAGGGCGUCACGAGCGACUCUUCGAUAAAGAGAACUACAUUGACUUCAGAAUGAGACUGCUUGGAGAGCCAGGGCACGGCGCAUCAGUCCUAUCCCCGGGCAUCCACAGCUUCCCCUUCAAGCUGGGGCUACCAAUGGGUCUGCCGUCCACAUUCCUCGGCACCCACGGCUGGGUACAGUACUUCUGUAAAGCUGCUCUGAGGGAACCUAACGGCCUCACGCACAAGAACCAACAAGUCUUUAUUGUCAUGAACCCUAUUGACUUGAAUUUGGAGCCUCCUGUAUUAGCUCAACAGUUCGAGUGCAGCGUGGAGCACCGGCUGGGCGUGGGCUGCGUGGGCGGCGGCGCCGUCACCUGCCGCGUGUCCCUGGAGCGCGGGGCCUACGUGCCCGGGGAGACCAUCGUCAUCAACGCCGAGCUACGGAACACCUCCAAGACUACUAUCAAGGCCACCAGAGCUGCUCUCACUGAGACGAUCCAGUACUCUGCGCACGGCAAGGUGGCGGCGAAGGAGGUCCGCGAGCUGGCGUCGCUGCGGCACGGCAAGACGCGCGGCGGCGGCGCCGACGUGUGGCGCGACGAGCUGCUGUACGUGCCGCCGCUGCCGCCCACCAACCUGCGCGGGUGCCACCUCAUCGCCAUACAGUACGACGUCUUCUUUAUAAUCGAGCCGAAGAGCCUAGAGAAGGAAGUAAAGCUUCAACUGCCGGUGCUGCUGGGCACGUUCCCGUUCCGCGCGGAGGGCGAGCCGGCUGCGCCCACGCACUACCCCAGCACGCUGCCCAUCUUCCGGCCCUGGCUGCACGACAAGCCGCAACACUGAUCGGGUAACAAGCAAGUCUAAAAGCCACCUUCAACAUAUCAUCUAAAAAGCAGGGCGGUUAAAAAAAGCCACAUCGGAGCAUUCAUCUAAAAAGGCAAUAUUGCUAUUAGUGAUGUUCCGAAUAUCCGUAUCCGUAUCCGCGGAUAUCCGAUAUAAAAGAAAAAUCCGUAUCCGUAUCCGUUACUUUUCACGCGGAUCUUUUACGGAUCUUUUUCAGGUGAUUAAGUAGAAUUAUUAAAUAAAAAACUAUUUAUUAUAUUAUAUCCAUUCGAUUGUUUUUAUUUCUUAAAAUCAAAUAUUUGGCACCUUUAUAUUGCAAACAUUUAGAUAGAUAGAUCUUUAUAAUGAAAGCAAGAUAAAAUAUCACUUUUAUAACAAUGAAAUAACUAAAACUUUAAUCUUUUUUUUUAAAGAAAAUAAAGAUCCGUAUCCGCGGAUCUUUACACUAAAUAUCCGUAUUCAGAUCCAUCUCCGCGGAUAUACAUUUUUGACGAUCCGGCACAUCACUAAUUGCUAUUUGACAUUUGUGUGCAUUGCGCACUUACUUUUAUAUGCGCAAAUGUCAAAUUGCAGUAUUGCUUUUUUUAGAUGAAUUGCUACGAUGUGGCCUUUUAACCCCUUAGUUCAUGUUUGUUUGACGUAACAGAAUUCCUCCUGUGUGCGUCAUAUGUCGCCUUUCCAUGGAAAACUGUCACAAAAAAACUGAAGGGUAUAACAUGGAUAUUUAGGUUGUAACCAUAGCUGUGAGAUUACCCUUUCGUUAUAGUAUCUCGUGCAUUGUAAAGCGUCCUUUUACUCGUGAUUUAUACGUGUAGGACAUAGCAGGACCAAUUUAAAUCUAAACCUCCACCACAGAGAUACUGCAAAAAUAGCCACAGUAAAUGCCCCUGUAACAAUCUGCAAUAAUCCACAUGCAGACGGAUUCUUUACAAUGCACGGGAUGCUAUAACGAAAGGAUAAUCUGAAUUUGUGAUUCAAGCGAGUCUCGAACACCUAAACAAAUUGCAUUAUGUCAAAUAGCAGAAUUGCUUUUUUCGAUCAAAUGAUCAAUGUGACCCUAUUAGAACCAUUUUUACACUGACUUUAAAAUUCCAUCUUCAAGUUUAUGACAAGUUACUAUCAUUUUUGGUAGCAGUGCCAAGGUAAGGGAUUCCAUACCUGACGCUUUCCAAUAACAUCCUGUGUGAGACACAAUAUUAUUACAAAUACUUGGCAUUUGUACUCUUAAAUUAUAAUAAAUAUACAUAAUGUAAAUCGCGUCAAAUAUGGUAGCUAGAAACUAGAAUCCUAUUGAAAGUACAUCACUAAAUUAUUCAGAACUGAAAAGGAAUGUUAUUUUAGAAGACAUAAUAAUGCUAACUACGUAAGUUUUACAUUUUAAUUGUUAGUUGUAAGUAUAAAAAUGAAUUUAUUGAAAGAUCGGAAGCAAAUAUUGUGUUCAUAUGAUUUGAUGACAUAUCAGGGGAUCUUAAAAAGGCCACAUCAAUGCUAUUCAUCUAAAAAGCAAUAUUGCUAUUUGACAUUUGACAUUUGCGCAUAUAAAAAGCAAGUGCGCAUUGUCAAAAAACGUCAAAUAGCAAUUUUGCUUUUUUAGGUGAAUUGCUUCAAUAUGGCCUUUUUGAUCCCCCCAGUUCAUAUCAAUUUAUCUUGUAAAAACAGGGCUAUUUUAUAUUUAUUAAUUCUUGAUACUUUCGAGGAUCAACGUGAUGUGAACAACAUUACCAACAAAUCAAAACAAAAAUAUCAUUUCACAUAAUUUUUUAGAAAAUGUUUAGAAUCUAUGGUAUAUUGAUAGUCCUGUAUAUUAUCUUAUUGUAAAAUUUCGUGCCAUUCUAUCUAAUAUACAUAUAUAAAAUAUACUCAAAAUAACGAAUUUAAAACUUGAAUCAACUUUUUAUAAACUGUUUUUUAAUUGCAUAUUAAUGUGUAUUUAUCGCAGUAUUCUUAGCACUAAUUAAUUUUAUAUUAUAAUCAUGGCAAUGUACUAACCUGUGAUACCAAUCCGUCCUUGUAGUUAUACUACUGUAAUAAAGUUUUAAUUUUGUA